AUGAUAUUGGCUCCUGUGGAACAGUUGAGGCCAAAAGUCCCUGUGCAAAAACCAGGCCCGGGCCGCCCGCCUACGCUGCACAUCCUGCCCUGCUCCGACUACGUCUGCUGCCACAUCUCCAUGGCCGUGCGCCUCAUCCCCGCCAUCCCUCUCGGCGAGGCGCUCUACCUCACGGCCCUGCCGCCCGAGGGCCCGCAGGCCCCCCCGGCCCCCGAGGCCCUCUGGGGCCUCAACGCCUCUCGGCAGGAGCAGCGGCUGCUGAGCUGGCUGAAGGAGCAGGCCCCGGCCUCCUCCUGCCACCUCAAGUGCCUGCAGAUCCUCAAGGGCCUGCGGGACCUCCGCGGGCAGGGCCUGGAGGAGCCCUUCUGCUCCCAGUGGGGCCGGGUGCUCUCCUCCUACGUGCUGAAGACUGCCCUCUUCUCUCUGCUGCUGCAGGGGCCCUUGGAGGCCUGGGACGAGCGGUUCCUGGUGGAGCGGCUGGAGGACCUGGUGCUGUACCUCAGGGACUGCCUGCGCAAGCAGGUGCUGAUGCAUUUCUUCCUGGGCAACGCCAGCCUCCCCGAGGCCGUGGCGCUGCCCCGCUUCCUCAAGGAAGCCGCCCCCGUGAACUUGCUGGCCGCCUUCGACGGGCCCACGCUGGACCUGGCCGCCUUCCAGCUGAUCAACACUUGGAUCCAGGCCCCGCACAUCAUCAGGAUGUACAGCAGUCCCCGGUACUUGCGGCCAGCGCCCACCCUUUGCCGUCACGUCACCGAGGCCAGGCAAGAGCCACCGGGAGAGUGAGCGCCCGAGCCGGGGCCGCCUGCAGACCCUGCCGGGGCCACGCACCCUCCCAGCCCACCGGUCCCUCGAGAGCCCGCAUCUGCCUGGGGAAGGUGGGACCCGUUUAAAAUGUGGUUCUGCGGUUUUGGCUCUGACUUGAGAAAACUGGGAACCAGAGGCCAGAGCUUAAUGAAAUUGUGAUUUUUGUUUCUUAAUCUCAUGUUCAUGAGAUUUCUUCAUUGAAAUGCCUUAGUCGAGAAGCAUCGGCAUUGUGUUCAGUCGACUGUUUGCAGACUGUACUUUUAAAAGGCUCAGACUGACAUUCUGGAAAUCCAUGUUAACUUGUUGUCUUAGUGGCAAAAUUGACCUUUAUCUGAGAUUUGCUUUUUAUGAUACAAAAUCCAUUUGGGAUUUAAAAAUCCUGUAAAUGCAAACACCACCACCACUACCCCCUCAAAUGUACCAAGAUGCUCUUAAAAUGUGAUGAGCAGUAGUGUAUGGGUGUGGAUCAGUUUGAAAUGCUCAAUGACAUGCUUUAAAUUUCCUGUGCAAUCAAAUACUUUGUGCUGAAUAGAAGUAUAACAUGUAUGUUAAUGUAACAUUGAGGGAAGAAGUGAAACCUCUCCCGUAACAGUAUGAAGAAUCUAGUUGCAUGUUUCUGUGUUCAAGUGAAGGUUAUACUGAAGGAUUGAAAUACAGAUAAAAGGAAACAAAUAGCACUUUAUUUUCACAAAGGCUUUCUUUUUAGGAUAAUUGGCUGCACUAAAUAUUGCUGCGGAGGAGGCGUUAGUAUUUUGUUAAAGGAAUGAUGGUUUGAAUCAUCCCAAAGAAAACCUUCUCUAAGGAAAUACUCUGAGGUUCGUUGUGGGUUCUUGCUGAGUUUUGCUAAUUUUUUCUGACUUCAAGUAUUAUUUUCUUAGAAUUUGCUUAACCUCAAGGACCAACAACAAAAUUUUAAAAGUCUGUAUUAUUUUUUUGAGCAAACCUUAAACCAGUCCAAAUCUCAGUGUUGUAAGCUGACUGCUGUGCCUUCCUGCUCUCCGGUGGGAGUUUGGUGGGAUUUCUGCAUGACUGCCUAACCAGUUUUCUGAUCGUGGCAGUGUUUUGACCAAAUAACCUGAUGGGAUUUUCUUGAGCUGUGCUAUAGCAAAUCGUUAUCUUAUUGUGGGGAGGAGGAAGUGAAAUAUUUAAGGGUACUUCAAAACUAUUUAGCACUGAUUCAUGAUUCAUGGUACAGUGGUAGUCUUACCCUGUGGAUUCUGGUGUCCUCUAAAUAUCAAUACCAGCCAGAUAAUUUUCACUUCUUGCCUGGUUAUGUCCCAGUCGCUGAAAUAACCUGGUGAGUUGUAACGCUGCCAGUGCUGCAGGUGUCCUUAGCUCCUGGUGCAGGUACCUGGUGUACAGGAACCUGACGUGUCCCAGGCUGUCAGCAAAUUCAGAAUUUCAGAUCCUUGCUUCAGUGGGUCACUUUCUCAAGUAUAUGAUGUAUUAAGACCCAAAAUACGUUGCUGAGUUGCUGGCACUCAGGAAGGUGAGCGUGUGCCUUAAUUACCCCACUGUACCAUGCUCUAGAUGAGCAGUCUGAAAUGACCAAGUGUAACUUCUGGGAAGCUUCAGGAUAACUUGAAGUUACUAAUAUUCUCCUCCUCUCCAUAAUGUGCAUAGAGAUACCAGUGUGCUUUAUUCACAGUUUUAUGCAUCAGAGCACAAAGCAAACAUUUUCAAAAUCUAUGAAGCUUUAUAAAAAUCUAUUUUUCUAAAUGGAAACACUCCCUAGGCAGAUGUUUGCUCCUGUCUAUUUUUUUAACUGCUCUUGCAGACUUUAUUUUCAGGUAAUUACAGCCUAGGUCACACCCGCAAGUUGGGUUAUUUUUAUAUAUGAAGUACUGUGCUUCUUUCUACAAAUACAGAUAGUGUAUUUAUAGGUAGUACUGAUCAAACGUUCUUUGCACAUGGUAUUUAAGGCUAAGUGAGCUACCUUAGUGUUUCGAUUUUUUUUUGGUAGUAGACAAUGAUAUGUACUAUUUUUGCAAAUUGUGUUACUUGCUAUUUGAAAUAAGAUGCAAUUCUGCCAUCAAUGCCAUUGAAUCUUUUGCCCAAAGAAGGACUAGAUGACUGGCCCAGGGUACUGUGGCCACCUGAGCGCAUGACAUAAAAACCCUUUAGCUGUUAAUUUCUGGCAUCAUAACCACUUCUGUCAGCUGUCAGUUUGUUUACAUCACUGCAUCCCUGUCUCUGAAAAGGGAUGCACAUUUGGUGUGUAUUUAGUAUUGCUGCAGUACAUGGAGCUCUGUAAUAGGCUUGGUAAGGACUUUCUUGCUAAAGUAUAGUAAUAUCAGGAACAGACAGUUGAAUCAGGAAAGGCAUGACAGGGAGAGAUGGUGGAUAAUAUAAAUAUAGAAAAUGAAAGUUGGGCUGUGGGGUGGGUGAGAAUGAUAGUAAACUCUCAGUGAAGACACACUGCAAACAAACCAGAGGAUAUGGGGAUAAAAUUGGAGACCUGUUGAAAGCAAGGCAGAUUUGGAGUGUGGGGAAAAGAGAUUUAAGUGGGUUUUGCUUUGACAAUAUUCCCAAAGCAGUUGAAUCCAUCAGGUCUGAACAGUGAGGCAAACCCUCAGUUUAUUAGCCACGUAGGCCGAUCUUCAGUGUGAGUUUUUGCUCAGCAAGGCAUUUUUGAGUUUGUGAUGGGUGGUGAUGGGAAAAAAAUGUAUGCAUUUGCUUUAACCUGAGGCUUGGGCAAGCUUUCUUGAGGAAGGGAGGUUUCUGCCAGUAAGGCGAUGUGUAUGCAGUUGGUGGGAGGUCUGAGAAAAUCUCUUAGACUAAUUUGUGGCUCUGUUGUACGGCUGAGAUAUUAACUGUAUUUUCUUUAUCUACUAUAAAGCAGGCAUUCAUGAAUACGGUUGGCAAAAGGAGCUGAUAAAAGUUGGGUUAUGUUAUGGUAUUCAUCUUACUCCACAACAAAUGUGACAGCACUGGUACCUGCAGCGUGCUGGAGCUAUUACAGGGCCUUAUCUGCAAGGAGGUGUACAGAGAACUUGACCUACACGAGUAAUCCCGUGGGCCUUUUGCCUUCUCCCUCUUCUCCCAGCCCAUGGAUAUUGUACACGGAACAAGGUUAUGAAUAUGUAUUUGUUGAGGUCCUAACUGUCAUAAUGUAUCAUAGAUUCCGCAUGGUUGCCUCUCUCUGUGUGCAUAAACUGAAACACACAGAAGAAAGUGUUAUUUAGCACUAAUGUGGGUUUUUGGUUGUCUUUAUCUGCAAUCUAAUUUUGCAAAGACUCUGUGCAAAUGAAAUUGUUUUUAUUGAACGUUGAUUGGGAAGAAGAGUCACACCUGCAAGAGAAUAAGUUUAUUUACAGUACCAAAAUGCAUAUAUGUGACUUCAUUUUGUAUUGAAAAAUGCUGUGUAUUUCUCAAAGACAUUAUUAUUUCUUAUCUGACUAGAUAUCUUGAAAACAUUCCUCUUUUGAUUUUGAAUCUCUGCAGAGUAAUGUAAAUUUUAAGUGUCUGUUUGCAAUGGACAUUCUUGGUACAACUAUUUUUUGCUGGUUAAUAAUUAGACCAAAGAUUAAAGUAAAGAGUUCAG